AAUAAGUGCUACAUACACAGCACAAAUGGGUUAUGGGCCCUAUGAUCUAAUAAUCACUCCAAAAACUUAAAGAACUGUUUGGCUCUUCCUUGCUCUAAACAAUGGAAACUCUUUCUUCCCUCUCUUCUUUUCCUCUCAUUUCCCCAAGUUCCUUUAACUCUUCAAUCAAUACCCAAACACACCUUAACAAUCCAAGUUCCAUAAUUAUUAACCAUAAAUUAAGAAAACAAUGUUAUGUUAAAGUUAGAGAGUUGAAUGUGAGGGUGAAAGCCAUAGAUGAUGUUUCAAGAGCAAUAGGAGAUCCAGCUCAAGCUCAACUUACAUGGCAAAUUAUUGUUGGUUCUUUAGCUGGUGUAAUACCUUUCAUUGUUGCGGGAAUUGAGUUCAGCAAAAGAAUUGUAGCACAAAGAAGAUGUGAGGUUUGUGGAGGUUCAGGAUUACUUUUAAGGGACAAAAACUACUUCAAGUGCCCUGGCUGUGGAGGUUUUCUACCAUGGCAAUCUUGGAAAAGAUUCUUUUCAGGAUGAUUUAAUUAGUGAUUAUUUGAUUCACACACUCAUUAAUAUAAUGUAAUGUAAUUAGCUAUAAGGAAUUUAAUGCCCUUAAUUUAUAUAAAAAGGUGAUACCACUGUAGAGUAUUGCGCCGAAUUUUAGGAUUUGUUCAGGGUUUGAAUCCUCAUGUAAGCAUUAUCUUAAUGAAUUCUCCUAUGAUGAUAGUGAUUCUUUAAGCCUA